CGGCCCCACUGGCAGUUGCUUUUCUGCUUUAAUGUUCAGUUGGUUUUGGCCCUAACAUUCUAUAAAUAGGCACCUCCAUUGACUGCAAAUCGGCACACCAUAGCAAUCGACACUGCCUAAGUUGUCCUGUCCAAUAUUCCAAUGGAUUCAAACACAUCAGGCUUUCUUCUCAACUCUUCAAAUCUUCACUCAGUUCAUUUCCAUGCCAAGGAGGAUAAUGAUAUUAUUGAUCUGGGUCUAAGUCUGAGAACUCUGCAACCUGAAGCUUAUCAUCCCUCCGGACAAUUGUUAAACCUUGAGGUACAUGAUGAGCUCGUAGAUUGGCCUCAGGCCAACCUGAACUUGAAAAGCUCAAACACCAUCUACUCAAGAAGUACCCCAGAAGAUUGCGACGAAGAGUCGGAGGGAGUCCAAAGCAAAGAGAGGUGGGCUUACGUGAAGGUUAACAUGGAUGGUGUUAUUGUCGGCCGGAAAGUGGGCAUUCUUGAUCAUGGUGGCUACUCUAGCCUCGCACGUCAGCUGGAUGACAUGUUUGGUACACAAUUGGUAUCCGGGUUAAGGUUGUUCGAGGAUGGAUCAGAAUUCACACUGCUUUAUAAAGACAGAGGAGAGAAUUGGAGGGCUGUUGGCGAUGUGCCAUGGAAGGAGUUUGUGGAGUAUGUGAAGCGGCUGAGGAUAGCACGAAAGAAUGCAGUUCUUGUUCCUGGUUCAUCAAAAUUUGCCUAAAUUUUCUUUACCCCCUCCCCCCUCCCCCAUCUCCCUCUCAUGUUUUUGAAGCAUCUCUGGCUUAGAAGUAAAGUCAAGGUGGCAACUUUGUAAGAA